AUGCCCAGUCUUCUUUCUCGCCUAGCCUCGGCGUCCCAGUCUCUAGGAGGAGAGGCAAAGACACCUUCUCGGGCAUUCACCAUCUGUAUAUCAUCCUCAGAUCCCUUAAAGCUCACAACAAUCUAUCCCACCGGGGCUGCUUCCCACGCACCACCGCUGUAUUCCUUUACAGGCUCGACAUCUACCAAACCUAAUGUUGUGCUUUACUAUGGAAAUCCAAGUCAUCCCAACAUUAUUGGCCAAGGGUACUUCAGCUCAUCGGGGUCAAAAUGCGAGCUUCAUUUGCGUGGCAUGCCCAUAACCCUACGCCAGAGUCAAAUGUCGGGCAAUUACACCUUGGAGUCGCCGGUAACAGGACGGAUGAAGUGGAAACUGAGCGAGAUGUCGGGCACAUCACUGUAUCUGCACGAUGCAGCUGGAAAUGUUGUCGCAAAGCUGAAAUCGGCACAUGGGGACAAGGUUUUGGAGUUUUACGUACCUUGUGAUGAUAUUUUUGCUGAGGCAGUCGUGUUUUCCGCUGCGACGGCCAAAGUCAUUAACAGCACGAACAACGAGGCUGCCGCCGAAGUGAUUUCCUCCAUACUAACCUCAUAG